AUGCGUCGGUCUCAAGCGUAUCUGCCUUGGUCAGUACUGCUGGCUUCUUUGGGGGCAGUGCAGGCAAAGCUUGACUUGAACUCGGACAGCAAUAUCGUCGUCUACUGGGGCCAAAACUCGCUGCAAGGACAAGGAGGCGAAGUGCAGCAGUCGUUGGCACAUUACUGCGAGAAUGACAACAUUGAUGUCAUCCCAAUCGCAUUCGACAUGAUGGUCAACGGACCCGGUGGUGUCCCCGAGGUGGACUUCUCCGUCACCAGCCAGGACUGUGAUGUGUUUCCCGGAACACAACUGAAAAACUGUCCUAAGAUUGCUCAGGAUAUCCAAACAUGCCAGGACAAAGGCAAAACAAUUCUCCUGUCCAUCGGUGGCGCAACGUACAGCGAGGGUGGCUUCAAGUCGGAGUCGGAUGCCAAAACUGGCGCAAAGCUGAUUUGGGAGACCUUUGGACCCCAGCAAGAUGGCUCUAAAGCCUUGCGCCCAUUUGGUAGCGCCAGUAUGGAUGGUUUCGAUUUCGAUUUUGAAGCCAGUGUCACAAACAUGGCUCCCUUUGCCAAUGAGCUGCGGUCCCUGAUGGACAAGGAGACGAGCAAACAGUACUUCCUGACGGCGGCCCCCCAGUGCCCAUACCCCGAUGCCGCCGACAAGGAUAUCUUGAACGGCCCCGUCUCCAUCGAUGCAGUCUGGGUUCAGUUCUACAACAACUUCUGCGGCGUAAACAACUUCAACGCAGACAGCAAGAGCUCAAAAUAUAACUUCGAAGAAUGGGACAACUGGGCCAAGACCGUGUCGCAGAACAAGAACGUCAAGGUAAUUUUGGGCGUGCCAGCCGAUACGACUGCCGCCAGCACCGGCUACGUGCCUGUCGACAAACUUGCCGAUGUGAUCGAAUACUCGAAGAAGUUCGAAAGCUUUGGUGGUGUAAUGAUGUGGGAUACGACUCAGGCAUAUGCGAACCAAGGGUUCAUUGAUGGCGUGCGCAAGGCGCUUGGUGGUCCGAAUUCCGGUUCGUCGUCGUCGUCCAACCCGGCGUCGGCCACGGCGUCUGCACCAACGUCCACUAACUCACCGAAUACCUCGCAAUCUUCCAAUGCACCCGGCUCCUCGUCCUCGUCUUCCUCCUCCUCUGGAUCUGGCUCCUCAUCCAGUGGGCAUGAUCAACCGAAACCCACUACCGCCUCGACUACCAGUGCCACCAAGCCAACCACCGAGCCGAAGCCUACCGAUUCCGCUACGCAGCCAGAGCCAGAGCCGACUGACAAGCCGACUACCACGACCAAGCCCGCAGCUGCUCCUAAGCCGACAACGACUGAGCCCGCGCCCAAGCCGACUGCUGAUAAGCCGACUACAACUGAGCCCGCGCCCAAGCCGACUGCUGAUAAGCCGACUACAAUUGAGCCCGCGCCCAAGCCGACUGCCGACAAGCCAACUACUACUCAGCCUGCUCCUAAGCCGACCACUACUAGCAAGCCCUCUGUGAUUGACCCCGAAGACCUUGCUGAUCCCGACCUUACACCUAUCGACCAGUCAGACGACAACAACAAUGACGAUGAUGACGACGACAGCAACAGCAAUAAACCUCUCACCUCAGAUCUCUUCGGUCUCUUGAAUGGCCUGAAACAGGCCAAUGGCGUGGUUGAAGGUCUCACCCACGGCUUGACUAAGAACCUCCGUCGCGCCAAGCGUAUUGGAUACAACUAA